AUGGAAGCACGGAAGGAGGAGGAGCCUACUGGUGGCUUGCAGCCGUCGUUUGGGCUGGAGGUCGAGAACCUACUGAAGGCCAUUGAUGCCGUGGAGAGGCUGCUGCACGAGGCGGGUGAGCCAGGCGCGGCCUUGGCCAAGCUGCCGGAGAGCCGAACACCUGCAAACACAGCCACGGCGGCACAACUUCGCCACAAAACGAAGCACCUGGUACUGUGGGUGAAGCAGCUCAAGUUGCAGCACGACCAGCAGCAAGCCACCAACGUCGGCGGACCCGCCUCGCCCGGUGCUGCUCCCAAAGGCGCCGCUUCUCCACUCUCCGCGCUUGGCCACCUCUCCACCGCCACCAGGCGCACGGCGAGUCUGCCUCAGCCGCCCACGGCUGCGGCCGCUCCCUCCAACGCCACAACCAGCCCGCAGUCGGGCGUGCAAUCCACGCUCGCCUCGUCGUCGUCGUCGCGCCCGAUCCGUGCGGCCACGUCUUCGUCGCCCACCACCUCGCCCACGCUCCUGAUACGGAACGAGUUCAAUCUCUUCAGCGACACCUUCUCCAUGCCAUCGGCCCGCUCCUCCGAGUCCACCUCGUUCGCGCCCAGGUCCUACCUCAGCGGCGGCGACAGCGACGACCCGUCGCCGGCCUCUUCGUCGCCCUACGCUCCACCACUCAGCCCCCAGCAACAACAGCAACAGGACAAGGUGCGUUACCGCGAGGGCGACGAAUCAAUGAAACCGCGGAACAGUGCCAAGGAGGAGGAAGAGACCGAGAGCGGCACGAGCGAAGACCUCUUCACGCCUUCGUCUCCGCCCGCCGACUCGACGUUCUAUCUGAUCGACGCCAAGGGUCCGGGCAAGGACGUGCACAUCCUGCAGCACGAGGGCGGCGACGGCGGCGGCGGGGGCAAGGGCCGGCGGGACCGGAGCACGAGCAACCAUGUGAAGGCCGGGCGGAUGAGCGGGCCGGCCGGCGCCAGGAACCCGCUCUGCGGGUGGCUGCACAAGUCCGGGAACACCUUCAUGUCGCCGUGGAAGCGGCGGUACUUCGUGCUCGAUGCGUCGGAGCGGCCUCUCGCUGUCCAGCAGUACAGCGGUUUCAUGACAUGGGGCGGUGGUGGCGGCGAGCGGCGACACAACAAGACCGCGUCGCCGCCCAUGAAGCAGACCCUCCGACUGUACUACUACAUCUCCAGGGAGGACCCCGUGCCCAAGGGCUUCAUCGACCUCGCCCUCCUCGAGGCCAUUCGACCCGGCGUUCGCUACAAGAACACCUUCGACAUCACCAUCGCCAACAGGGUAUUUCAUUUAAAGGCGGAGACGAAGGAGGAGGCGGACGACUGGAUCUGGGAGCUGCGGAGGUGGGCCGAGUGGGCGCGCGGGCGGGAGCUCGCGCCGAACGCGAGGGAGCAACAGGAAAAGGAAGAGCGCGAGCGAAAAGAAAAAGAGGAACAAGAUAAAGCCGCCGCCAGUUACAGGAGCCGAUCAGCGGCCGUCGCGCCAGCUCCAACGGCGGUGCAGGAGGAGAAGAAAGAGGAGCCGAGACGAAGAGGCGAAGCCGAAGAUAAGUACAAGCACGGCGUCGCUGCAGCCGCUGAUGCGAGAGCGAAGGAGGUGGACACCGCAGCGCAGUACGAAGCGAAGCUGCAGUUGAUGGAGGAGGUGGUGGAGUACAAGGAGCGCGAGCUGUGGAACAUGCGCCGGGAAGCGGAGAAGCGCACUGGACUCAACAUCGACGAUUGCAGCGUGGAGGAGCUCGAAGAGCUCGAGUCCGAGCUCCUGAAGGCGCUCGUGCGCAUCAAGACCGUCAAGAAGAAGAAAGCGAAGGAAGUCAGGGACUCCAUCAAAAUGGAUCUCCUACAGCUGGACGUGUGCCGGGCGUGCUUCGUCAACACGCGGAGGGUCGUGUUCCUCCCCUGCGGUCACUUCGAGGUGUGCGAGGACUGUGCCGAGAAGGCGAGCGAGUGCCACCGCUGCAACCGACCCAUCGAGCGCCGCGUUGAAGUCCGCGAGACUUAG